CCCUCCGGACCCGCACGGCUCGGAAGACGGACGAGAGUGAGCAAGGAUCGGCGGAGAACUAGGACAGAGCCGCUUCACCAACCAAGCCCGAAAAAGCUUUGUCUCCCUCCUCUCUUCGUCCCCCCCAUCUGGAAAAAGCGCUCGUAGCUAAGCACAGCAGCCGGGAGGUUAACCAAAACUCAACAAUGGAUAUCUACGACCCCCAGACCCUUGGGAUUAUGGUGUUUGGUGGAUUCAUGGUGAUCUCUGCCCUUGGCAUUGUAUUGGUCUCCACCUUCUCCAUGAAGGAAACCUCUUAUGAGGAGGCGCUCGCCAAGCAACGUCAAGAGCUGGGCAGGAUGCAGCCAGCUCGCUCGGAGAAGAAGAAGAAGGAUAAAGCAUCUGAGAAGAAGAAUCGAGGGAAGAAAAAAGAGGAAAAGCCCAAUGGAAAGAUCCCCGAGCCAGAGAGUAUACUUGAGGCCCCUGUGGCUGACCUACCACCUGAGCUUCCUUCUGCCCCAGUCGUAGCUGCCCCUGCUGCCCCUGCUGCCCCUGAACCUGUCCCUGCCUCUGAGCCUAAAUCAAUUCCAACUCAAGCACCUGUUGCUGCCCAAAUCUCCGCACCUGCUGAAUCCUCACCUGCUCCAUCCCCGAAAGAAAAGAAGAAGAAAAAGGUAGCCAAGGUAGAGCCAGCCUCUACGCAGCCAACCUCUAAGUCUGCUCCCACCCCUGCCAAUUCUUCUCCUGCCCCUGUCCCAGCCAAGUCUUCCCCUGUACCAGCUAAAGCUGCUCCUGCCCCUGCACCAGCUAAAGCUGCUCCUGCCCCCGCCACAACUAAAGCUGCCCCUGCCCCUGCCACAACUAAGUCUGCUCCUGCCCCUGCCAAGUCUUCCCCCACCCCAAAUAAGUCUGCUCCUGCCCCCACCGCAACUAAGUCUGCCCCUGCCAAAUCUGCUCCUGCCACAGCCAAAUCUGCCCCUGUUCCUGCCAAGUCUGCCUCUGACCCUGCCAAAUCUGCUCCUGCCCUUGCCAAGUCAGCCUCUACUGGUGCUGUUAAAUCAGCCCCUGCUCCAUCGCAGACCAAAUCUGCUCCAUCCCAGACCAAGUCCUCUCAUCCUCCAGCCAAGACGUCCGCAGCUCCUUCCAAGUCUGCUGCGUCUGCUAAGUCUGCCCCAGUGCUGGAGACUGUUACCAAAGAGGUCCCAGUGAUGGCAGUGCCCCCGGUGGGCUCUGCACCUGUGGCCCCAGCAAAAGCACAGGAACCCAAAAAGAAGGCCUCCAAGAAAAAACCUGAACCUGCUGCCGUGGUGGAUUCUGCCGAUGCCCCAUUGUACCUUCCUUACAAGGCGCUGGUGUCCACCGUCAGUAACAUGGUGUUCAGCGAGGGAGAGGCCCAGAGGCUCAUAGAGAUCCUCUCUGAAAAUGCUGGCAUCAUUCAGGACACCUGGCACAUGGCCACACAGAAAGGAGACCCAGUGGCCAUGAUGAAGAAGCAGCUGGAUGAGAAGGAGAGACAACUGGUGGCUGAACAAGAGGAUGCUACUGCAGCCAAGAAUCGUCUAAGAGAAAUUACCAAGGAGCUAUCCGCCGAAAAGUCCAAGGUGGCCAGUGUGGAGACGAGGCUCAGCUCCCAACUGAGCAAGCGAGAACAAGAGAUGAUUGCUCUGCAAGCGCGCAUGCAGGCCAGCUACCAGGACCACGUGGCCCAGACCCAGAGGCUCAAUGCAAAGAUCCUUAGCCUGCAGGACCAGCUUGAGAAAGGCCCAAGUGCUCAACUGGCCCGUCUGCAGCAGGAGAACUCCAUUCUCCGCGACGCUCUUAACCAAGCCACAAGUCAGACUGAGAGCAAACAAAACGCAGAAUUGGCCAAGUUGCGUCAGGACUGUGUCAAGCUGACCAAAGAGCUUGAAGAGAAGAAUGAGGGUCUACAGGCUGAUGAGCACAUCAAGAGGAGUUUGGAGGCCAAGGUUUCUGCCACUGAGAAGCAGCUCUCUCUGCUGCAGGCCAGCCACGCAGAGAGCGAGCAGGCAUUACAGAAGAGACUGGAGGAGGUGUGUGAGGAGCUCAGGACAGCACAGAGCACAAACGGUAGCCUGCAGGCCAGCAUGGAGAAAGCCAAACAGGACAGCAGCAACCUCUCAGAACUCCAGGUGCGUAUGGGCAGCAUGGAGGCUGAGCUCAAGGAGCGCUCUGUCCAGGUGGACAACCUCACUUCCCAGCUAGAGCAAACACAGGUGGAGAAGAGCCAGAUGGAACAGCAGGUGGCCUCCAUCAAUUCCCUUCUAGAGGCCAGUCAGAGCAAAAAGGAGGAGCACGACAACCAGGGAAAUACUGCAGAACUUGAACAGCUGAAGCUCAGCCUCCAGGAGAGGGACAGCCAAUUAGCUUCACUGGAUGAGCAAUUGAAACAGCUAAAGAUGACGCAGGAGGCUGCUAAUAAUUCUGUCGAUCCAGAGCAAAGAAACAACAGUGAGGACAGCAGCCUUAUAGCAUCACUUCAAGAUGAACUUAAAAAUCUCAAAGAGGAGAUGGAGCUACUUAAGAAAACACCACAUUCAGACAGCUCUGCAGAGCUGGCACUACUACAAAGCAGUCUGACUCAGAAGGAUGACCUGCUCACAUCACUGCAAGAAGACUUGACAGAGGCCAGGGAAAAAUCAAAGGCUGUCAACGAUGAAUUGGCGGCAAAGCUGACGGCAUUUAAAACUGAAACCAAAGAAAACCUGCAGACUCUUUUCCCACACAUUUCCAUAGAGACAGAGCAGUCCAACUGGUUACAAGUCUUUACACAGGAAGCCAAUGAGACUCUCAGUCACCUUCAACAAAGCCAGGACACUCAAACAAGCACAGAUUUGCCUGAGUUACUUGAGAAGCUGAAAGAGGCUGAGGAGAGCCACAGCUCACUGCAGGCUGAGUGUGAACAGUACAGGACAGUCCUGGCUGAAACGGAAGGGAUGCUGAAAGACCUGCAGAAGAGUGUGGAGGAGGAGGAGCUAGUAUGGAAGUCCAAGAUGGCUGAUGCUGAGCAGCAGUUGAGGGCGUCUAAGGAGCAGAUUAUGCUUCUGGAGGCUCAGCUGGAGAAGCAGUCCGACUCUGCUGCCUCAGACAGCCAGGGGAGCUCAGAGGAGAUGACACAGUUGCGAACGCUGCUGACUGAGUGUCAGGGCCAGCUGGACUCGGCCCAGAAGGAGGCUCAGGCACACAAGGAGGAGCUAGCACAGGUCAGGGAGCAGCUGGGCGAGGUCAUGAAGCACGCUCAGCAGGAGCACAACGGCCCAGCUGAGGCUCAACCCAGUCAGGUCCAGUGUCAGUUGAGUCAGACAACAGAUAAGCUCCAUGGGGAGGAGGCUCGAAGACAGCAAGUCUGUGAAGAAUUUGAACAGGUCCAAAAGACCGUCUCAGAACUUCAGGCUCAGCUGGAUCUCCUGAAGGCUGCUGGAGAUGCUCCACAGGCUGACACUGAAGAUGUCGCCCAGCUUAAGGAGCGUCUGGAGAAGGAGAAGAAGCUGUCCAAAGACCUGGGCCAGGCAGCCACCAAGCUGCAACAGCUUCUCCAAGUUACUCAGGAGCAGCUGACCAAAGAGAGAGACACAGUCAGAACACUACAGGAGCACCUGGAUAGCAAGGGAGAGUAUGUGGAACUGAAGGAAGGAACAUCGGUGUAAGACUGAAGCUGACUGAGGACACUAGACAAAACUGCCAAAUAUGCCUUAUGAUUACCCUAGUUAUGCAUUCCAAAACUAUCGUUUCUUACUUGUACUGUAGUUGAUUGCAAUUGUUGCAACUUAAUUAAUCAAUUAUUUGAUAUUAUGAACAUUUCAUUGUAAAAUUAGAGGAGAAAUCAUGCUCUAAACUAUUGAAGUCCACAUUCCAUCAACAUUUCUGGCUAUGUCAGAAGAUAUGAGUCUCCCCUGCCUUAUAUUCCAAAAAUUUCCCCAUGGUUCAGUGUUAAAAGGGAAACUGAUUGUACGUCAAACGUACAUCAACCUGUGCAAUUACUUUUUAUGUGUCUUUUGUAUGUGGUUGAAUGAUGGGAACAUUUUAUGGUACAGCGAUGCAAUUAGGGCCUGCUACCUUCUGUGGCGGGCUUCCAACAAAACUGUUAAAAUUUGAAUUUUUAUGAAUGAAUAAACUACAGUGUAGCUAUA